AUGGCGGUGGCACGGAAAAUCAAAACUUUGUUGACGGUGAACAUCUUGGUCUUCGUGGGCAUCAUCCUCUUCUCCGUGUACUGCAGGAUCCAGGACCGCUCCCAGGAGCUGGUGCAGAUCGUCCGGAGCGCGGACCGCCGGGCCAGAAGCCGCGGCGCCAAGGUGGGCAGCCUGGCCGACAGGGAGUCCAUCCUGCAGCGCCUGGACCACCUGGAGGAAGUGGUCUACAACCAGCUCAAUGGUCUGGCAAAGCCCAUGGGAUUAGUUGAAGGUCCAGGAGGCUUGGGCCAGGGGGGAAUGGCUGCUACCCUGAGAGAUGACAGCCAUGAAUCAGAGACUAAGUAUGAAGAAUAUGGUUACAAUGCCCAGCUCAGUGACAGGAUAUCACUGGACAGGUCCAUCCCUGACUACAGACCUAAAAAGUGCAAGCAGAUGACCUACCCAGAGGACCUGCCCCAGAUCUCAGUGGUGUUUAUCUUUGUGAACGAGGCUCUCUCUGUCAUCCUGCGCUCGGUGCACAGCGUGGUCAACCACACCCCAUCCCACCUGCUCAAGGAGAUCAUCCUGGUGGAUGACAACAGUGACAAUGUUGAGCUGAAGUUUAACCUGGACCAGUACGUGCACAAGAGGUACCCGGGCUUGGUGAAGAUCGUGCGCAACAACAAACGGGAGGGGCUGAUCCGAGCCAGGAUCCAGGGCUGGAAAGCUGCCACAUCCCCUGUGGUGGGGUUCUUUGAUGCCCACGUGGAGUUCAACAUUGGCUGGGCGGAGCCGGCGCUGACGCGGAUCAAGGAGGAUCGCAAGCGGAUCAUCCUGCCCGCCAUCGACAACAUCAAGUACAACACCUUCGAGGUGCAGCAGUACGCCAACGCCGCCCACGGCUACAACUGGGGGCUCUGGUGCAUGUACAUCAUCCCACCACAGGACUGGCUGGAUAAAGGGGAUGAGUCAGCUCCCAUCAGGACACCAGCCAUGAUUGGAUGCUCCUUUGUGGUGGACAGAGAGUAUUUUGGUGAGAUUGGCCUGCUGGACCCUGGCAUGGAGGUGUAUGGAGGAGAAAACAUCGAGUUAGGCAUGAGAGUGUGGCAGUGCGGGGGCAGCAUGGAGGUGCUGCCCUGCUCCCGCGUGGCGCACAUCGAGCGCACCAAGAAGCCCUACAACAACGACAUCGACUACUAUGCAAAGCGCAACGCCCUGCGCGCCGCCGAGGUCUGGAUGGACGACUUCAAGUCACACGUCUACAUGGCCUGGAACAUCCCCAUGGCAAACCCCGGAGUUGACUUUGGAGACGUUUCUGAACGAAUUGCUCUGCGACAGCGACUGCAGUGCCGGAGCUUUAAGUGGUACUUGGAGAACGUGUACCCUGAGAUGAGGGUUUACAAUAACACAGUCACUUAUGGAGAGGUGAGGAACAGCAAAGCCAGUGGCUACUGCCUGGACCAGGGGGCCGAAGAGGAUGACAAAGCCAUCCUUUAUCCCUGCCAUGGAAUGUCCUCCCAGCUUGUCCGCUACAGCUCGGAAGGUGUCCUGCAGCUGGGGCCACUGGGCUCCACCGCCUUCCUGCCCGACUCCAAAUGCCUGGUGGACGAUGGCAAGGGCAGGACACCCACCCUCAAGAAGUGUGAAGAUGUCCUGAGGCCAGCACAGAGGUUCUGGGAUUUCACACAGAAUGGUCCAAUCAUCAGCAGAGACACAGGCCGUUGUCUAGAAGUGGAAAUGUCAAAGGAUGCAAAUUUUGGGCUCAGAUUAGUCGUACAAAGGUGCUCGGGGCAGAAAUGGAUGAUUAGAAACUGGAUCAAGCAUGGUCGGCACUGACUGUGGGGCUGAGCUGCCUGUCCUGCUGCUGUCCAUUGCUCAGUGUGCCAUAUCUCCUGAGGCAUUUGUCUCAAAGCAAAUUAGUUUGAACAGGUCUUGGCUCUCAAGGGUCCUCCAUCGUUGGGCAUUCCAAGGAAAGAAAGAAGAAAAAGGAAAGCAGACACACAAACGCUCUGUUUGACUUUUCCUUGCUCCAGCAGAUGAUGUGGGAAGCUAAACAAGAGUUUUCUGUUGAUUUGGAAAUCUUGUGAAGACCAGAACACAACAGGAAAGUGGAUUCCUUAAGCUCUCCUAGGGGAAUCGACAGAUCUUUCCAUGCUGAGUUGAAAAGAGACAUCCCAAUACUGCCUCAUAAAGAGAGUUCUCUGCUGGGUAGCUUUUUAGCUUUAAGUUUUGGACUGGUGCACAACUCCUACGGUGAAUAAUUAUGUGCCUUUUUUAUUGUACUUCGUAUAAAAGAGGACUGGAAAAAUCCCACCUUUUCAGCAUGUCUGGUUCGUUGUACUAAACAAGAAGAUCUGUAAAUAACACUGGAAAUAUAUUAUAAUACAUGAUACAUUUCAAGGUUGAUUGUUUAGGAGUCUCUGUUUCUAGAAAGGGACUGUUCUGCAAAUGUUUACAGGUGGUUCUCAACCUUUGAGCUGCUGGAGGGCAGCAUUUUAGAGACCUCUUCUAGUUAGACACAGAUAAAUGUUGAAUAGGUAAAAUAGCCACAUGCUCCGUUAUAUUGCCACAUUUUACAUUUGUUGGCUGUAGAGACAUCACAGUUUAGCACUUGGAUAUUUGGCUCUUCUGAGGCAGUAGAUGUCCUGGUGGAUGGAUGGAUUUCAGGAGGCCUCAGCUGGCCCCAAAGCCCGGAGUGUGUGUCCUGUCCUGCAGGUCACUGUUGUGUGGUUCCAGAGACUGCCUGGAACAGGAAUACUCCAAAUCCUCCUUAUUCUGGAAAUAAGUUGACUGGCUUAGGUGCCAUCUGUGGAGCUUAAAAACUUGGAUCUUCCAUUUUGUUUUCCAUCCUGUGAAAAUGUCAAAUGUGAGCAAAUAUGCUGUGUGAGCACUGUCUAGACAAAUUUCCUGAAUAAACCAACAAAGUCUUUUCAGCAUUUGAAAAACAAACACAAGCCUGGUGAUAAGAAGGCAGAUUAGAGCAAGAGGUAGGGAGCAUAUAUAAAUACUGUUACUCUGAAAUACAAAUAUUUUACUGUAGCUGACCCAUCAGCAGCAUCUUUGUAAACCUGAAUUUAAUAAUGUAUCCAGUGGUUCAUGCAGGGUCAGUGCACAUGGACAGAGCAGUGACAAGGUCUCAUCCUAAAGGCUGCCAAAAUUGAUGAGCACUGUCGUCAACAGGUUUUGGGUGUGGGUCCGUGGCACACAGCUUUUCUGUACUGAUGAUUUCAGUCAUACUGAAGGAGAGACAGAGAUGGUAUCUGUUAAUUUCACAACUUAAUAUUUUAUAGUUAAAAAAAAAAAAUUGUUUUGUUUUACUGAGCCAGGAAAAUAGCUAAUUGCAGUCACUGUGGUACCAUGAAUCUUGGUGAUCUGUUCCUUGAAUAACUUUUGCCAUUCCUAUUUCAAGGCAUGCUGAACAAAAUUUAAUGGAAACAAAGUUAAUUUUUCAAGGGCGUGAUAUGUAAUAAAAUUUUUACUUUUAACAUGCAAAAUCCAUCAGGUCUUGUCAAAUCUUGGUUAGCCUCUAGAAAGCAUAUCCCUAUGUUUUGGUCCAAUUUUAUUCUUGAAAUAGAGUGUGCAAGAUGCAAUACAAAGCCAAUUCUCCUGGAGUUUACUUGUGGCUAAUUGCUGAUCUUUAUUCAUGUCUCGUGGACCAGGAUACACAUGAACAUAUGCAAAAGAAUAAUUCUGGGUGAGUUUUAGAUACAAAAAUACUUAAAAUUCUGUGUUUGUGGUAAGUUGCACACAACCUUUUGAACAGUGUAAUAAGACCUGCAGGGAGAGUGGCAUCUUUAAUAAAUCAAGCAAUACUGUAUAAAAUCACAGACAAUCUCAGUAUUCAAGCCUUCCUGCAGGUCCAAAACAGGUAGGAAACUUCAGGCUAAAUAUAGAUUGGGAACAGCUGCCCUGCAUUUAACCUCCUUAUGAUAAGCUGAGUUUGUAAGUGAGUUUUCAUCUUCUCUCCAAAUACAAUUUCCACCUUUUAAAGUGUAUGAAAGCUUUGUUCUCCUUUUGUUUGCUCUGAUGGAGUUUUACUCCUUGAGGGAGGUGAGAAAGCAAAAGAUGGUUUCACCAGGUGAGAUUUUGGGGGAGUAACAGGUCAUUCACACCCAUUUUUAGUCUUUCCAGUGAGUAAGUGCUAACUGUUUUAUAUGAACAUGGCAGGAAGUAGAAAUUAAUUAUAUAUAUCAGUGUGGCCUAUUAGAGUAUGAAGCUACAGGACUGAACAGAAGCAAACAUGCCAUGUGCUUUCUUUUUUUCUUUUAUUUUCUCUUGUCUUGAAUUAAGAAUCCACACUUGAUCCUUGGUUAGCAGUAGGGCAGCAAGCCUUUCAAGCCCUGGGUAAAUGAAAAAGGAAAGCUGAAUAUUUAGAGGAAUUUAGAGUUUCAAUCUACUCUCCUGAAAGGAGUCUUGCAUGGGCAGUUUAGGAGCUUUGAAGCUGAGAGGACCAGAUAAAUCUGUGUUUACUGGCAGAGAUUUCAGGGAGAUUUCAAACCUUCAUCUGACACCACCAUGAUCAGAGAGAAUUGGGUGUCUUGGAAUUUUGCCCCUCAGGGCAUUUGACUGUGGCCACCCUGUCUGAGAGUGGUCAGUCCUGGCAGGUUUGAGUGCCAAGGCCACCAGCUGCAGGAGGCUUGCAAGAACCAGACUUAGGGUACAAGAAGGAAAACAGGUUUUUGUGGUAGAUAAAUGGCUUUGAGAUUUACAUAAUAACAUAAAAGAAAUCAAAUAACUCUUAAAAGGUGGAGUUGGUAUUUUAUGUGAUUGUCCUUUUUUUAAGACUUGCUGGAACAAUUUCUUAUAUUUGCAAAACACAUCUGUUGGAUUAAUUUUACUUUAUUCUUUAUCUGUAUGAACCACUGCUUUGGCUGUGGUGCUAACAUGGUGACUCUGCAUGUGAGAGGGUCUUAAAUAUUCUCUCGUCAAAGGAAUAAUAAUAAAAAAAGCCUUGAGUAUUAUCUGUUUUAACCAAAGUCUAUGGUUCUUUUGUCAGUAUUUCACCCCUUAGUAUAAUCUGAAAUCCUGCUUAAUGGUGUUCAAAUUUUCAGCCUUGCUUCCCACAGUGCAGCAUUCUAGAUCUCAUGAAAGGUAUUCAGUGUAGUCUAAUAUGCCUUGUGGAGAAAAAUCAGAUCAAAGACUUUCUAUGCUAUUUUGUUUGAUUUAGGGGAUUAUGGAGCUAAAUACUAGGUCAUAGGACAAAAGAACAGAAGGUAAGAAAGACCAGCACACCAGUAAGAAAGUCUAGCACACUGUUGUGAAAGCCAAGCCUGGAAAAAUAUUCUUUUUUAAGCAUUUUUCUUUUUUUAGAGUCCCCAAAAAUGAGUUUGAGUCCUAAGGUAAUAAAAGCCCUUUCUUUUUUGAGAGCUACAAACCAUUUUCCAAGCUGAAUUUUAUUUUGGUUUGGUUGAAUCUAUUUGUUCCUCAGCCAGGACUGUCCUCUAGCAUUACUGGCUUGCUGGUUCCUGAGGCUUUCUAAGUUCCAGUGGGAAGGCAACAAGAGAAAUUUGAUGUUUUGGAAGGACCCACUGGAUUCCCCUGCAAUCAUGUAACUUCUCUGUUGUGCUCACCCACCAGAACUCUUCAGGGCUGUUCCAUAUGCAAAAAAACCAAACUCAGGUGGCACAGAAGUGUUUUAAGACCAAAAUAUGGAAACAAACAACAGCUUUUCAUACAUAUUUUAAAAGUGUUGAAGUAUUUCUCUCUGCUGAAUGAAUAAUUUGGGGCUCAAUGUGGCUGAAGAUGGAGCCUUCAUGGUCCUUCAUUUACAGUCCUUUUCAUUGGCCUGUCCCUUUUAAAAAACUGUGAUCUAGUAGAUGAAAACCUCACUUGCCAUGUGACAAGGGGUGUAAUCUAUCUGACACAGGAUAGCUGCAAUUUUAAGCACUGAAGUCAUAGCUAGUCAGAUUUAAUGAAAUAGCACCAGUCCUAAUCUGUUCUUUAGAUCAAUCACACAGUGUGUAAUUUCUUCAGUAUCCACUAUUCAUUUGAAAUGGUUCAUUAGCAGGCACACAAAAGUGCAUUAUGGCCAGUUUCGGGAUCCAGGGAGUUGGGUUAUAUGGAGAACUACAACAGAAGUUGUAAUUCAGAGGGAGUUUAGCAUAUUAUCAUUCAGUUAGGGCACAAAUACCUUUGUUUUUUCAUCAGAGGCUUUGGGAGGAAGAACAACUCCCAGAAUUCACCUGAUUGAAGGUGCUUCUAACAAUGGUGUUCUAUUUUUGCCUGCUGCUAAUUUGACUGCCUGCUUCUUAGUGCUGAUCAAAGUCAAUGGUAGAGGUCAUACCACAGAUAAAAGAUGGUCUUGCCAAUUAGAUCUAGCUAACAGGCUGGACAGAAACCAAGGAAGGAUCAGGUCUUUACAUGUCUCUAGAUCUAGAUGGCACCACAGGAAACUUAAUACCCAAAAAUUCUCUUUGGAAAGAAUCCCAAACUACAGUGACCUCUUUAGUGCAUUAUAACGGAUUUCAGAAUGGCUUCAUAAAAUACAGUGACUUAGAUUACAAAAGCAUUAAUGACAUGUAACUAAAAGGUAUUGAGUUCAGGGAUUGUCCUGAAUAAAA